GGAAAAUCCAAAAUGUUAUAAAUAAAACGUUAAAAAGAAUCUAUAUGUGCCAUGGAGGCCGUUGAUCUACUGAAAGGGGCAGUUUCGACGAUUGAUACAGCGGUCACAGUUUUGGGUUUGGAGAAGAAAGGAGAGGGCAAUAGUGCAGAGGUAGUGAAGCAGGAGGUCACAUCCAUACCAAAGGAAGCAUUCAUUCCAAUACAGAAAUCAAUGGUUUUCCUCAGAAUCAGCGGGCUGUCUGGUGCCAUGGCUGUAGCGAUGGCAAUGUAUGGAACUCAUGCAGCUUUUAAAAAUCAAGAUAAAAACUGGAAGCAAUUACAAAAGAUCUACGAGAAUGGGUACAAAAUGCAAUUGGUGCAUUCUGUAGCACUUGCGUGCGCAGACAUUUGCAACAAACCCUUGACUGGCAGUUUGUUUACCCUGGGUAUCCUACUGUAUUCCGGUAGCUGUUAUGCCCAUGGCUUAAGUGGUAACACAAAGUUUAGAUUCAUCACCUAUUUUGGAGAAGCUGUUCUUAUUUCUGCCUGGUUCAGCAUGUUGAUUAAUUAAAAA